CAUUAUUCUGUCAAAAUGACACUUAUAACCCGUCUCUCAUCCCGUUUAUUAAAGUUCCCAAACCCACACCAACCCAUUGCGUUUCUUUCAAAGUCUUACAAAAAAUCAUCUUUCUCUUGUGAUGAUAAAAUCGUUGAACCAAAACCCCCUCCAGUCAAAUAUCCUGAUUUCUUUAAAGUCCCGAGAAAUAUGGGUCCGCAUUACAAGAACGACGAGUACAGACCAUAUUCCCCCCAUCAGACUACUGAAGGUAAAAUAGAAUGGGUGUUAGCCCGCUUGGAUGAUAUCUUGAAUUGGGGCAGAAAGUGUUCGCUGUGGCCGAUGACAUUUGGGCUAGCUUGUUGCGCUGUGGAGAUGAUGCAGUACGCUGCGCCAAGAUACGAUAUGGACAGGUACGGUACAGUGUUUCGAGCUUCUCCUCGACAAACUGACGUCAUCAUGGUCGCUGGGACUGUCACUAAUAAGAUGGCGGUGGCAUUCAGGAAAGUCUACGACCAAAUGCCAGAGCCAAAAUGGGUGAUUUCCAUCGGCAGCUGUGCUAAUGGUGGUGGAUACUACCAUUACUCUUAUUCGGUAGUCCGAGGUUGUGAUCGAAUAGUCCCAGUUGAUAUCUACGUACCAGGGUGUCCUCCGACAGCCGAAGCUAUCUUGUACGGCGUGAUGAUGCUGCAGAAGAAAGUGAAGAGGAAUUGCGGUGUGCAAAGUUGGUAUUGGAAGAACUGGAAGAAGUUUAGCGGUAGAAAUGUCUCUGAGGUGAAGAGACCGUCUGCUUGUGAUUAAUAUGUAUUACAAUAAUUUUGAGUUCGCUAAUAAGGUGUGCUAAUUUUUUCAAAGUUUCUGAAG